GGCAAGACGAUUAUCGUCUGAGACGAUGAGGCAGCUGAAGCAUCAUGAGAAGAAGCUGCUCAAAAAGGUCGACUUUCUGCAGUGGAAGCAAGACUCGACGCUCAGAGAGGCAAAAGUGAUGAGGACGUACUUCAUCCAACGCAGAGAGGAUUACCAGUCGUACAACAGGCUAUGCGGCUCCAUAAGGCAGCUCGCCCAUCGACUCAGUCAACUCGACCCACGCGAUCCUUUCCGAGGCAAGCACGAGGCCUUGCUGCUCAGCAAACUCUACGACAUGGGCAUACUCGGCUCGGAGAGCAAGAUGUCAGACGUCGAGAACAAGAUCACCGUUUCUGCAAUGUGCAGGCGGCGGAUCGGCGUCGUUAUGUGCAGGCUCAAAAUGUCACAGACUGUCAAAAUGGCUGUUCAAUAUGUCGAGCAAGGUCACGUCCGCGUAGGACCGGAGACAGUCACAGAUCCGGCUUUCCUGGUGACGCGCAAUAUGGAGGACUUUGUGACUUGGGUCGACACAAGCAAACUCAAGCGGACAGUCAUGUCCUACAAUGACGAGCUAGAUGACUAUGAUCUGCUUUGAGCGCUCCACGCCAUGCCUGUUGUUGUCCCCUGUCCCUAUGCAUGUGCACGAUCUACACAACACCCGCUGAUACAAUCCCUUGCUAGUCCUCUGAAGCCGGUCAAAUCAAACGCCGCCGCCGCCGACGAAAUCGCUAUUGAGCAUAUCCAUCACAGCAUCUGAGAUAUUCGUGCCGGACGGGCAAGGGUAGCCAAGCCUGGCAAUCGCGUUCUGCAAGCUGAUCGA